AUGGCUACGGAACUUAAGAAGCUGGAAAAACGUGAACGUUUUCUGCGAGACUCGCUAAAUAAUUUAGAACAUCUAGUGCAAACUUAUCAAGAAGAUAGAGAUAUUUAUAUGCUUGAAGGUUGGAGAGAACGUUUAGAAGGCAUUUUUUCAGAAUUUAUGGAUGCCAGAUUGCAAUUGGAAUGCUCUGAUGAGUUUCAAGCCAGGUUGAAAGAGAGUUUUGACGCUUCCGCUUUAGAUCAAACGCAGCAAGUAGAAGGAGAAAUUGAUCCGAUGUGCAUUGAACAUGUGAACCAGGAUUCACGUGCAGAAUUUGAGCUGAUUUACUUGAGAAUAAAGGGUUUUAUCACUAACAAAUUGCGAUCGCAUGGUACUAACCCCUCACCUGCAGUGCAAUCGAUUCCUGCUCAUACUUCCACAGCUAGAGUAAAACUGCCUGAAAUCAAAUUGCCUCUAUUCGACGGAUCGAUCAAGGAGUGGCCAUCGUUUCGUGAUACAUUUCUGUCCCUGAUCGACUCAAACCCCAUGCUUAGUCAGGUAGAUAAAUUCUCCUAUUUGGUAGCAUCUCUUUGUAAAGAUGCGAAGCGUGUGAUUGAUGUGAUAGAGAUAACAGCAGACAAUUAUUCGGUUGCAUGGGAUCUGCUCGAUAGGCGAUAUGAUAAUAAAUACCUUCUCGUUAAGUCAUACGUCGAAGCACUCUUUGCUAUUGAUGGUAUGAAAAGGGAAUGUGCGGAAUCCCUUAAUCGGUUAAUCGACGAUUUUGAGCGUAAUUUGAAAAUGCUGCAAAAGGCGGGGGAAAAUCCUGAAAACUGGAGCACGAUGCUAGUGUUCAUGAUGAGUUCGCGCCUCGAUCAAACAACCUUGCGUCUUUGGGAGACCCACCGUAAAUCGACAAAUGUUCCAACCUACACUGAACUUGUUGAAUUCCUUCGCUCACACGGACUCGUCUUGCAGUCUUUAGCUGGAUCUAGAUCCCGAGCGCAAGAUUUUUCUCGCUCCUCCCCUUCACAGCGUAUAAACUACCAAGCACCGAAGCUAACCACAAAUCAUUCAGCCAUUGUUCCUAAAAGUUCGUGUCCAUUUUGUAAAAAACCUGCACAUUCACCAUAUCAGUGUGAACACUUUCGAAAGCUAACUCCAAUACAACGAUUCGAUGAAGCGAAAUCUAAAAAGCUUUGCAUAAAUUGUCUUGGAUCGUCGUCGCAUAUCGCUAAUAAUUGCUCCGGUAGAACAUGUCGUGUAUGCCACCAAAAACACCAUACGAUGCUGCAUCAUCCGUCCGCCCCGAUGAAUACUAAUAAAUCCAUCCAAUCUGAACCAUCGUCGUCGUCCUCGUCAUCAUCCGCGGGUUCGCAGCAUGAGUCGUCAUCUGUUCCGAAUAACCAAUUGCAAAGCGUACAAUCUACCCAACAGGGUCAGCCGAUUGCUAAUCCAAAGCCAACGGUCACUGCCCCUUCGACUAGCCACUUUUCGUCGCCUACCAAUCAAAUAUGUCGCUUAGUUCCUGCCACUGUUUUGCUUUCUACUGCACUUGUUAAAGUUUAUGAUUCAACAACAAAUUUCGUUUGGGCUCGAGCGCUCUUGGAUUCCGGCUCUGAGCUGAAUUUUGUUUCGGAACGUCUGGUGCAAACGCUGCAACUAAAACGUACCAGAGAAUUCAUACCUAUUAGCGGAGUAGGGCUGUCAUCUACUACUUCAAAAUACUCUACCAUUAUUCGCGUUCAAUCCCAACGUGCUGAUUUUGAGGACCACUGGAAAUUUCACGUGCUGUCCAAGAUUACAAUGCAGUUGCCUAAUAAACUAGUUGAUAUCAACGACUUUACAUUGCCUUCCGAUGCUACGUUAGCCGAUCCUUCGUUCAACAAACCGGGACGUAUCGACCUAAUACUUGGCGUGCAAGUUUUCUAUGAGCUUUUGCGUGAUGGUCAGAUUAAAAUCGGUGCCGAUGGACCCAUUUUGCAAAACACCGCUUUGGGAUGGGUAGUAUCAGGAAAAGUGAAGGAUGAGAAACAACGAACUGCUGUCGCCAAUGUAGCUAAUGUAGUACUAGAAGCCUCAAUCGAAAAUCUACUUACGCGAUUCUGGGAAACUGAGUCGUGUCAUAUCAAGAGCACUCAAUCAUUGGAAGAAAAGGAGUGUGAGGAUCAUUUCGCUAAAACGGUUAAACGGGACUCAUCCGGUCGUUUCGUUGUCGCACUUCCCAAGAAAGAUGCAUUGGUUUCGCAGCUUGGGAAUUCCAGAGAUAUUGCUGAUUGUCGGUUCUGCUCAUUAGAACGUCGUUUAAAUUCGAACCCUCAGUUGAAGGAAGCAUAUUCUGCUUUCAUUCACGAGUACGUUAACCUGGGCCAUAUGAAACUGGUCGAUGAUGAUGCGUCUACUAACUCGCUUGUUCCAACCUAUUACCUUCCACAUCAUUGUGUUGUGAGGCCCGACAGUAUCACCACCAAACUUCGUGUUGUCUUCGAUGCAUCAUGCCCCACGGAUUCUGGAAUAUCCCUUAAUGAUGCGCUACUAGUGGGACCGGUUGUUCAAGACGACCUUCUCUCAAUCCUAUUGAGAUUCAGGAUACCGCAGUUUGCCAUUACUGCCGACAUCGAAAAGAUGUACAGGCAAAUAUUAGUUCAAGAGUCUGAUCAACCCCUACAAAGAAUUAGAUGGAGAGACACACCUUCGGAACCCAUUAAAAGCUAUCAGCUUACAACCGUAACAUACGGCACAUCUGCAGCUCCAUAUCUCGCAACAAAAUGCCUCCAGAAGCUUUCCGAAGAUAACACCACAACCUAUCCUCUCGCAUCGGUCGCCGUUGGUCGCGAUUUUUAUAUGGACGACUUGCUUACAGGAGCCGAUACUGUCGAAGAAGGACGACAACUCUGCAGGGAAUUGCUCGAUCUCACUAAUUCUGCCGGGUUUUCGCUUCGCAAGUGGACAUCAAACAAUCCAGAAAAUCUCACUGACGUACCGGAUCAACUGAAGGAUGAGCGCACUUUGUUGAAAAUCGAUGCUUCUACUUCCCCUAUAAAAACCCUUGGUCUUCAGUGGGAUAUUGUCGCUGACGAGUUCAGAUUCGAAGCUCCAACGCAUAGUGAUCAGCUACCAAUUACAAAACGAAUUGUCUAUUCGGACAUCGCACGCUUAUUUGACCCACUUGGGCUAGUAGGUCCAGUGGUAGUGCAGGCCAAGUUGUUACUGCAAAGGUUGUGGUAUGAGAAUUAUGACUGGGAUAUAGGGUUACCGGAAGCUCUGCAGCACCAAUGGAUGAAGUUUAGAGAGAGUCUUCAAAAUUUGACCAACCUGUCUGUUCCUAGAUGGGCGAAAGCUAUAUCCAGACCUAUCAAUCUAGAAAUUCACGGUUUCUCUGAUGCAUCGGAGAGAGCGUACGGAGCAUGCAUUUACGUUCGCGCUAUGUCAUCUGAUGGUGAAAUAAAAACCAACCUUCUGAUUGCGAAAUCAAAGAUCGCGCCAAAAGGAAAAAACAAGAAAAACGGAACAGUCUGUCUCCCUCGACUAGAACUUUGUGCCACCUUGUUAUUAAGCCAUCUCUUCGAAAAGGUUGAAAAAAGUAUAAAACUUCAAACCAAAAAUUUUUUCUGGACAGAUUCAGAAAUUUGUCUACACUGGUUCGCAUCGAACCCAUCUCGAUGGAAAACGUUCGUUGCCAACAGAUGUUCAGAAAUCCAACAGAUAACGGCAGGUGGAAUUUGGUCUCAUGUGCCUGGAUCGGAAAACCCAGCAGAUGUAAUUUCUAGAGGGAUGACCUCUGCUCAACUACAGCAGUUUUCCACGUGGUGGAAUGGUCCCACCUGGCUUUCGCAAACGUCUCGGUUUUGGCCAUCACUUGGACGUCAAACCGAGAAGAAAUUCGGUUCCGACGAGUUGGAAGAACGAACUGUUGUCCUUACUGCUCAUAUAACUCCCUCGAAUGAGCUGUUCUCAAAAUAUUCGUCGUUUAUGAAACUGGUACGUGUUGUUGCUUGGUUACUUCGAUACUGCCACAAUGCCAGCAGUACUAAAGAAAAUAAAAAACGGAGAAUUGGGUGCUUGUCAACUAUGGAAAUAAACACCGCGACCCAAGUAGUAGUGAAGCUAGCCCAAAUGGAACGUUUCGCUAACGAUAUCGCAGAACUUCAUCGGUGCAAACAAGUAAAAUCCAAUUCGCGCCUGAAAGCGUUAUUCCCGAUAUUGGUAGAUGGCAUACUGCGCGUCGGUGGCCGGCUACGACAUGCUCCAGUAAGCUACAAUCAACGCCAUCCGAUUAUUCUGCCGGAUAAACAUCCGCUGACGAACCUAAUUAUGAUUCAUUAUCAUCACAAAUUGCUGCAUGCUGGUCCACAGCUAAUGAUUGCUGUGGUGCGAGAAAGGUUUUGGCCUCUUCGAAUCAGAAAUAUUGCUCGCAGGGUAGUCCAUUCUUGCGUCAGCUGUUUCCGCUGUAAACCAAAGGUCUUGGAGCAACUAAUGGGCGAAUUACCUCAAGAACGUGUCACACCUACAUUUCCGUUCCUGCGAACUGGUGUGGAUUAUUGUGGUCCCUUUUACUUUCGUCCUGCCAAACGAGCUGCAGCAGUCAAAUGUUAUGUUGCUGUGUUUGUAUGUCUCGUGAGAAAGGCACUGCAUCUUGAAUUUGUCACAGAUCUCACUUCUGAUGCCUUCAUCGCCGCUCUUAAGCGAUUUGUGUCGCGCAGAGGCAUACCUGAGCUCAUCGAAUGCGAUAAUGGGCUAAAUUUUCAAGGCGCACAAAGACAACUUGAAGAGCUUGCUCGUUUAUUUCGCUCGCAGCAUCAUCAGAAAUUGGUAGCUCGCCACUUUGAAGACGACAACAUAACCUUCAAGUUUAUACCGCCACGGUCCCCGAAUUUUGGCGGACUCUGGGAGGCAGCAGUCAAAUCGCUCAAGAAGCAUCUGCGCUGUACAUUGGGAAAUGUCAUCCUGUAUCACGACGAAUUUGUGACUUUACUUACUCAAAUUGAAUCAUGUCUCAAUUCUCGCCCCCUGACACAGCUAAGCUCAGAUCCAAAUGACCUGGAAGUGCUCACUCCCGGGCACUUUCUGGUCCAUCGUUCAUUAAAGGCCAUCCCGGAACCCAGUAUGGAUGGGGUUUCAUUCAACCGGCUAAACCGCUGGCAGCAGACCCAAGAAUACGUUCGAAAAAUUUGGAAACAAUGGCAAUCCGAAUAUCUAUCAGGGCUACAACCUCGCACACGUUGGACUGUUGAGCGUGACAACAUCAAGAUCGGCACAAUGGUCCUUUUAAAGGAAGACAACCAACCCCCGCUGAAGUGGAAAGUAGGACGAAUUACGGAGAUCUUCAAGGGCAACGACAACCACAUCCGCGUCGUGACCGUGAGGACAUCCCAAGGAGAGUACCGCCGUUCAAUCAGCAAGAUCUGUGUACUACCGGUUCAACAGUCUGAUCAUCCUGACAGCACUGAAGCUGCUGGUCUACAAGGAGGGAACUGA